AUGAUUAGCUACGAUUACUGCACGGAAGCCAUCCACGACUGCGAUGUGGCAGCCAGGGUCGAUUAUGUUCUUCUUGAAGAUGCCUUUGGCCUGGACCCGAGAGUUCGUUUCUGCCUCCGGAACGAUGAAGUGGCCGCGAUCACGGGCCGCAAGGAACGGCUUUUUGAACUGGUUCCGGAGCCCCAAAGCACCGGCAGUGAACUACCAAACGACCAAGAGCCAGACAACCUACGCCAAGUCAGUGAUGGCAGCCGCCGCGCUUCCAGCUUUAACAGCCAAGGCAAGGCUGCAACCUCCGGCGGGUCACUAACACAACAGGACUUUGACGGGGAGCGGGACCGGGACCAGCUGCCAGGGUGGGGUCGGGUGUCGAUGGUUGGGGACGGCGAUGGCACGACACGGUUCCAUGCUGCAACAUCCAUCGCUGUCGCGGUGGCCAUGGCCGUGCUGGGAUAUUGCCCCAAGCGGCGUGGCAACCCGCCGCUGCUGGCGCCCGUGGGCCUGGCGCUGGCGGCGGCAGCUCACAAGGCGGCGUGCCUUGAGCCCGCGUUUGACGUCCUCAAGCUCCGGUUUAAGCUUGGCAAGAGCCUCUUCCGCAAUCUUGGCCAGCGAGCAGAUAGGACAGCUCUCAGCGUCGCCGACCUCGAGGGUGCGGGUUCUGGUCGCGGCGCGUACCAGUCCGUGUUCAGCAACUACGUUCCCGCCUCCACCGUCCCGCGGGUCACUUCCUGGCUCACGGACGUGUUGGGCUUCUCCCUGACCGACACCAAGACCACCGCCACCCUGCACGUCAUCAACCAGGAGCUCAACGUGCACUACUCCAUUGCACUCACGAUGGAGGGAGGGGACGACUCCACCGCCUCCCUGCGUAAGCUCAAGGUCGGCGGCUCCAAGAACCCCUCUGUGACGCUCAUGUCCGGGCCGCAACAGCUCGACCUGAGACUCAAGCUGAUCACGCAGUUCAGGGAGCAUCCGGGACUCAUGUACGACGUGGACGCGCACUCGACGGCUCGUCGCGUGGCGGCUGCCGUACGUACGGAGGGCUUCGACGGCUUCAUUCGAAGCAAGCGGGGCCUGCCCCGAAACCGGCACCUGGAGUACGGCCGGCGCAAAACCAAGUUCGUGUACGAGGGGUUCAUGCCACCAUCCGAGGGCGAGGGCGGCUGCGGCCAGCGGCUCCGAGUCAGCGUGACACAGGUGCAGGACGACAAGGGGACGCACUACGAGAUUUCAGGCUGCCUUCCCGACGUGGACGCCAAACUACGUCGACUGCUGGCACAGCACCGACCACCACCACCAUCACCACCGCCGCCAGCGGCAUCAGUUGACGACUCGGGCUGCUUCGUGCCGGAGUGGCGCCGGCGCGGCAGCAGCGGCGGAAGCAGUGUCGGUCCCGGAUUGAGCCCCGUUCCUGUACCGGUAGGCCUUAGCUUCAGCCGCAGCAGCAGCGGCAGUAACAGCGGCGGCGGCGGCAGGCUGUACGACAGCGUCAGCAGCAGCCCAACGUGGACGCACGCUACCCUGCCCGAUCCGGAUUCCCAAUGGGCAGUUGGCGCCUUGAGCGUAUUAUCUAGCUUCGUCACGGAGCUGAACAGCUGCGUCGGCACCCCUGUCCGCGGCCUGGGGGCCGUAACGGCGGACCUGAAGCAUCCCGCCAUCCAUAAGCUAACAUAUUCGAAUUAG